UUUUAUACUGUAGUCUGUAUGGUUUCAUGCGUUGCUGUGAAGUUACUUUAAAAAUCGCCGAUCAAACUGUCCGUUAACCACAAAAAUGAAGAUUGAGGAGGUAAAAAGUACAACAAAGACGCAGCGUAUUGCGGCCCAUAGCCAUGUAAAAGGGUUAGGCCUUGAUGAAAAUGGAACAGCAAUUAUGGCAGCGUCAGGUCUUGUUGGCCAAGAAAUGGCACGGGAGGCAGCUGGUAUCAUUGUAGAAUUGAUAAGGGCAAAGAAGAUGGCAGGACGGGCUGUACUUCUGGCAGGGCCUCCAGGAACCGGUAAAACUGCCCUCGCACUGGCCAUUGCGCAAGAACUCGGCAACAAGGUUCCGUUCUGUCCGAUGGUUGGCAGUGAGGUGUACUCAGCCGAGAUCAAGAAGACUGAGGUACUCAUGGAGAACUUCCGGCGUGCGAUCGGCCUUCGCAUUAAGGAGGUGAAGGAGGUCUACGAGGGCGAAGUGACGGAGCUGACGCCGUGCGAGACGGAGAACCCAAUGGGAGGUUAUGGGAAGACCGUGAGUCAUGUUGUUAUCGGCCUGAAGACUGCGAAGGGGACCAAGCAGCUGAAGCUCGACCCGACGAUCUAUGAGAGCUUGCAGAAGGAGCACAUCGCCGUCGGUGACGUCAUCUACAUAGAGGCAAACAGCGGGGCCGUCAAGAGACAAGGCCGGUCGGACACGUACGCGACGGAGUUUGACCUUGAAGCGGAGGAGUAUGUUCCGCUGCCGAAAGGAGACGUGCACAAGAAGAAGGAGGUCGUCCAGGACGUUACCUUACACGACCUUGACGUGGCUAACGCUCGGCCUCAGGGGGGACAAGACAUCAUGUCAAUGAUUGGACAGCUGACAAAACCAAAGAAAACAGAAAUUACAGAUAAGCUCCGCAAAGAGAUCAACAAGGUGGUGAACAAGUACAUCGAUCAGGGCGUGGCCGAGCUCGUUCCCGGCGUACUGUUCAUCGACGAGGUACACAUGCUUGACAUCGAGUGCUUCACCUACCUGCACAAGGCACUCGAGUCUGCGCUCUCCCCUAUUGUCAUUUUCGCAACGAAUCGUGGACGAUGUCUCAUCAGGGGAACGGAGGAUAUUGUCUCACCGCACGGAAUCCCUCUCGAUCUGCUCGAUCGCGUGAUGAUCAUCCGAACGCUGCCCUACUCUCACGACGAAAUAGUCCAGAUUCUGCGGAUACGAGCGCAGACUGAGGGCAUCCAGGCUGCCGAACAAGCCUUACUAUACACGGGUGAAAUAGGAGUGAAGACAACUCUCAGGCAUGCUGUGCAGCUGCUGACGCCAGCCAACCAGCUCGCGCGGAUUAGCGGGAGAGAGGAGGUCAGCCGCGAGGACGUAGAAGAGGUUCAUGCGCUGUUCCACGAUGCCAAGGCCUCCGCUAAACUCCUGUCAGCUGACAGCGCCAGCUUCAUGAAGUAGUAGUGUUGCUCGCCACCAGGUGUCACCUCUUGUCCACCGCACGGUCGGCUGGGGGACAAAUGCUUUCUGUUUGCGUGGGCACUGCCUGAAAACUGUUUACAUCGGUGUGGUUGUUAUGGACGUCUGUUGAUUGCGUGGUUGCAAGAGAUAUUAUAAAGGUGUUUAGAGAUAUUUGCUCAUCACAUCGUUAGUAGGUAGGUUAGCAAAAAGGCUCUACCUGAAAGGCAUGCAGCACCGGCGCGUUGUGGUCGUCUUAUCUCGUUCGGUUUGCGCGUCGCCCGUUUUUAAAUGCACGUGCGAUAUUUCUCGUACGCUUUGUUGGCAAGACGUGUUGUGAUGCAAAAACGUGUGAUGAUUCCACAGUGUAUAUAAAGUAUGUGUUCCAUUCCAAUGUAUAUUGCUGAGAAACGUUUUGUUAAAUUGU